AUGACUAUCGACUGCUUCUUCAAAUCGAACCACACCUUUAGCUUUGAGGCGCUCCGUGCCGCAGGCUACAGCAACUACGGGGGUGCCGACCUGGCCGAGGUGGUUGCCAUCUGCGCCGCCAUCCGUCCCGGCAACGAAGAUGACUGGGUGCACGAAUGGAAAAAAGCGGCCGAGCGCGCAGUCUUACAGGCUGAGAGCUCGAUCUCGGUCAAGAACAACGAGAGCGCAAAGCACGCAUACCUACGGGCGUCCAACUACUUUCGGACGGCGGAAUUCUUUCGGCGGGAGAACUAUGACAAGGACGAGCUCGCGCAGCUCCUGUACACGAGUUCAGAGACGCACUUUGAAAAGGCCAUGGCGUUGUCUCCGUAUGCCUAUGAAGCAGUCACCAUCCCGUACGAAAAGACGACAUUGCCGGGUUACUUUGUCGCUGUAGACAAGACGGACAAGCCGCGUAAAACGAUCAUCUUCAAUGGCGGGUACGACUCGACCAGUAGCGAGGGCUGGUUCGCGAUUGGAGCGGCCGCACUGGCCCGGGGCUACAACUUCCUCGCCUUCGACGGUCCCGGCCAAGGCGGCGCCAUCCGCAAGCAGAAGCUGCACUUCCGGCCCGACUGGGAGCACGUACUCACGCCCGUCGUCGACUACGCCCUCACCCGCGCAGACGUCGACGCCAGCCGCAUCGCCGUUUUCGGCUGGAGCAUGGGCGGUUACCUGGUCGCGCGCGCCGGGACACGGGAGCACCGCGCCGCCGCGCUCAUCCUCGACGACGGUGUGCUCGACUUUGGCGCCGCAUUCCGCGCCAAGCAGCCCGCGUUCGUGCAGCGGCUGGUGGAGCAAAAGUACGACGGCGUGUGCAACUGGUUGUUCGGGAUGAUGGCGGCGACAAAUACCGGCGUCCGCUGGGCGCUGCUCAACGGGCAGUGGACGCUGGGCGUGCGGACGGCGUCGGAGCUGGCGCGCGCGAUGCGGGCGUACACGACUGUGGGGAUAAGUCGGGACAUUCGGACGCCGUGCUUGGUCAUGGACGCGGAGAAUGACCACUUCCUCAAGGGGCAGCCGGAGCUGCUGCGCAAGACGCUAACGUGCGAGAAUGAGUUUGUGAGCUUGCGCGCCGAGGAGGGCGCAGACACGCACUGUCAUCAAGGAGCCUUCUUUCGAACCCAUCAGGUCAUUUUUGACUAUCUCGCAAAGCAUAUCAAGGAGGACGACGCGUGA